AAUUUCAAAAUGGCGCAGGUUAACGUAGCAAAUAGAGUAUUAGGCCGCUAUGUUCGACCAUUACAGCGGCUCACUUUCAACUACUGUAAAACUGGAGGGAGCAGUAGAGGAAUUAGGGAGUACAUUGACAAGAACAUCGUGGAUUUUGCAAGGAAGAAUCCUGGAAUUGCUAUUUACGUCAGAGAACAAAACGAAAAACAUCCCACGAUCAUCGCAAAUUUUAUAAGUGGUAACACCAAAGAGAUCAAUGCGAGGAAGAUGAAACCAGAAGAGGUUCAAGAAAUAGUCACAAGCCUUAGAAAUGAAUCAGGAGAGGAAGUAAAGAAACUAAGAAAAUUUUGGCACACUGAGAAUCCUUCGAUACAAGGAACGUGGAACCCAUUCCUGAACAAACCUCCUUCACUGAGAAAACACAUCAGAAACAAAGUUGAGUGAAGCUGCAACAAGAUGAGAAAUUACUAUCUUAUCAAGUUACUACUGCUACUCAGUGACUUGUGAAUAAGAUUUUCACAUCGUGCUUGGACAGGAAAUUUUUGAAAAGCCACGUACCUUGUGCUUGCUGUGACUUACAGGACAGGUUUCAUUGUUGUGUGAUCUUCAGGACAAAACCUUGACUGUGCAGUACACAAUACAUUUCUGUCAAUCAUAACUAGAGUGGAUGGGUUUUUAGCAGACGUUAAGCCCAGUGGGUCAAAAGUCAACAUUCAAAGACUAGCACUUUAUUGACUUGUUGUGAUUGGUAGCUUCCAUUCUGUCAAUGUACUGUUUGUACAGUGGAUACUUUACUAGUAAUCAGACAUCUAUUUGCCAUUUUAUUCAGAGAGGUUUCUUGAGACGAAAAGUUUUUAAUUUCAUGCUUAGCUGGCAGGCACAUUUUGACUGAUGAUUCAACAAGGACCGAACUUGCUCCAUCAUCCAGAAAAAGUAAAAAUGAAAUCAUGUCAAUGAGAAUUAGCUGCGGCAUAUCUCCGAAGUGACCAUUUGUCCAAUGUCCCAGAGACUUAGUUGAAGAACACCAUCAGUUCUGCUUCUCUGUAUCUAGAGUGGGGCCAGAAAUUUUUACUUCUCCAAGACACUCUGUCAGCUGCUGCCAGCCCUGCCUCUUGAAGAACAGGCAUGGACAGAGCUUCUGUCAGAAAGAUUAAGUAUACUUUGUAACUUAAAACAUCUCCUAUACAAAGUGUAACUGCCACCUCACUGCAGUAACCAGGAAUUAUUUUCCCCUGUGUCAAUCCAUAUUCUUUACUGUCAUGGAAACCUCCCAACAGAGGCCAACUCUACAUACAAUGUCCACUUAAUAAUUUUUGCCCCAGAAUUUUUGUAGAGGAGUUCACCUAUACUCUGCUAAACUGGUUUGAUUGUGAAGGUUGCAUAGCACUGAAAACCUUGAGUGGUUAGAAAGUGGAACUGCAAGAAUCGAGGAUUGUAUCACUAUUGUCUUGUUUAUUUUCUCUAGUGGUUGGAAUUCAUGCAAUCAGCAUAGUGAUGUCUCAUAGCUUUGUAGAGGAAGGUCCUAUGAAAUUUUAAGAAUUUUUGUGAGGAUUUUUAAGGUGUUGAUGAGAGAGAAGACGGUGUAGGAAUACCUAUUAUAACAAUAAAAGGUAGAACUGAUGAUAAGUUGAUAAAUAUAUUUAAUUUCAUUUAGUUUGUAUUUAAACAACAUUUGUUCAACGUAGGUAAGGGUCUUUGAAGGGAUAAAAUCAUCUUUUCACAUUUUUCACCCCAUGUGAAAGACAUUUCAACGUUGAUAAAGCCACCAUAAAUUUCUCCAGUUCAAAAUAAAUAACAAGGAUGAAAUAGUUCACCCUACCCCCCAGCAUUAUGCCACGUCCCCCCGUACACAUUUAAUGUCAGCCCUUCCCUCCCUUCGGUACUCAUUUAUAUCCAUGAGGCAACGUCCACACCACGCCGCAGAAAUUUCAAAACGCAGCUUUAUUUUCAGUUAGGCCUACCGA